AUGGCGAUCAGUUCGGAAACUUCAGUGACGGUUCUUAUACGUACCUGGAUAAUCUUUUGUUUCGCGGGCUGUGCAGUUGGAUCUUGUUUGAGCUAUGGACAUUCGUGUUGGGGAGGUCAUGGUAAACGUAGUGGGGGUCAUAACAAUGCAUACCUAGUUCCAUCAAAGACAGUGAACGAAAUGCAACAAGGCAUACCACCACUGACGAAAGAACAGUUCAUACUUUCCCGCCUGAUUGGUCGACCAUUGGUGUCUAACAAGUAUAAAGGAAGAUGGGACAGACUUUUCAAGAUAAAAACCAGUUUUCCAGAACAUUGGGACGACGCUGAACUCAACGCACAUCUUAUCAACGACGAAUCCAUUCGGGAUCAAAAUAAUAACGAGGACAUGAAUCAGGGUAAAAGAAAACAUACCAACGAUGCCCAGGAUUUGACAGGAAAUAUCAACGACGAGAGGAAAGAGAUUCAGGAUAUACUAAUGAUAUCGAAUAACGAGGACAAUCAGCAUGGCAGUAAACCACAAAAUGUAGAAUUGUUUAAAUUUCUGAGCGACACAAAUGGUAACUUCGAAUAA